CACAUUAUUUUGUUUGCACAUCUCUAUCGUAUUCUGUAUUUUAUUUAUAUAUACUAAAUUAUUUUAUAUUACUGACAAAAUGGUUGGCGACGGUUUGAACAGUCCACGCGUGCAGGGCGGCAAGGAGAACACUCCAGGGGGCGAGGAGGAUGCCGCCUAUGGCAAACCCUUUCCGGAUAAAUAUUCCAUGCGUAAUACGCGCAGUCUAACGGUACACAACGCUGCACUGACUCAGGUGCCCAUCGAGGUGUUCGAGGUGGCCUGCAAUGAGUUUGUCAACAUUGUGGACUUGACCAAUAAUAUGCUUACCCAGCUGCCCGAAGGACUCAAGCUGCUGCAUGAGCUGCUAACCGAACUGACGCUCUCAAGGAAUCAACUGAGCUUUGUGCCCUCGUACAUAUCGCAGUUCUCGCGUUUGCAGGCUUUGAAUUUGUCCUGCAAUUUGCUUAGCGAACUGCCCAUGGAGCUCGCUGGACUGCAAAAUCUGUGUGAACUAAAUAUAUCGCACAAUCGCUUGAAACGGCUGCCCAGCUGCAUUUAUGAGCUGAUCAAUCUGGAAUCACUCAUAGCCAAUGAUAAUAAAAUCAAAACGCUCGAUGUUAGUGACAAUGGCUUGGGCGCGUUGCCGCGCUUAAUGGUCCUGAACUUGGCCAACAACGAUAUACAGCUGGUGCCGCCGCAGUUGGGCAAUCUGAUGACCAUUAGCAAGCUCAAGCUAACGGGCAAUCCGUUUCGUCAGCCCCGUCAUCAAAUUAUAGAAAUGGGCACUGCCGAAAUUAUGAAAUACUUGCGUGGACGCAUUCCGCUUUAAGUGUUUAUUAAGUAUUAGUUUAUAUCGUUUGGUUUAUACGUUCGCAUUAAAAAUAACAAAAUUCA